AUGAUGUCAUCAUCGAGUAUAACUGAUGGUGAAUAUUUUCAACAGCAAAAUCAAUCAUCACAAACAGCUAUAACCGCAUUUCUAGCUAAAUUAUGGGCACUUGUUAAUGAUCCAGCUUGUGAUGAUCUUAUUGCUUGGGAUCCAUCAGGUGGAUCAUUUCAUGUUUAUGAUCAAGCACGUUUUGCACGAGAAAUUUUACCACGUUAUUUUAAACAUAAUAAUUUUGCUUCAUUUAUUCGUCAAUUAAAUAUGUAUGGUUUUCGUAAAAUGUCAACUAUUGAACAUGGUUCAUUGAAAACUGAACGUGAUGAUAUUGAAUUUGCUCAUCCAAGUUUUAUACGUGGUCAUGAUACAUUAUUAGAAUUAAUUAAACGUCGUGCACCAGAUAAUCAACAAAAAAUUAAUAUACAAACAACAAAAACGGAUUUACCAUCACCAUCACCAUCAAUAACAUCAUCAGCAUCACCGGCAGUUACAUCAACAAGUAACUAUAUGGAUACAAAAUUAUCACCACGUCCAAUUGAAUUUUCACAUGUACUUGAUGAUGUUAGAAGUCUACAAACUAAACAAACAUCUUUAACAGAUAAAUUAUUUCAUAUGCAAGAUGAAAAUCAAGCAUUAUGGCGUGAGGUAAGUAUAUUAAAACAAAAACAUUCUAAGCAACAACAAAUUGUAUCCAAAUUAAUGGAAUUUCUCUUACAUUUUCUUACAACAUCAACACAUCGACCAUCUGUUGAACAACAAUCAACAAAUCAAUCUCAACAAGAACAAACACAACGUCAUACAAUUACAAAUCAACAAAUACCAACAAAUAGUCUUAAACGUAAACCAGCAGCAUUAAUGCUGAGUGAAGAACCAAAAAAACGUACAACUAUGCAACAACAACAACAACAACAACAACAGCAACAACAACAGCAACAUCUUUUAUCACCACUUCUCCUUGGACGACAACAAGGUAUAAUCAUAAAUGAAUUAACAGAUAAUGAUUCGGGUGGUUGGCUUCAUACAACAGAUGCAUCACCAUUAGUUGAUCUUGUUCCAUCACCACCACCAGCAACGCAAACUCUCGAUGAUAAUUAUCAUCAUCAAUCGCAAAAUAAUUAUGAAUGGGCUGUACCAACAGAUGAACUUCGUAAUCCAAUAAAUAAAACUUUUAAAACGAUUGGAAAUGGUAGUAAUGAAAGCAAUUCAUAUAUACCGGAUUUUUUCUUAAAUACAGAUAAUAAUAAUGGUACAAAAAUGAAUAUUGGACAAAUAGAUGAAGCGAAUUUAACAGGCAUCAAUACGUCAUUAAUAAAAACCGUUCCAAUCCUGAAAGAAGAACAAACAGAUUUUCCCAAUACUUUUCAUUCACAUCCAUCUAAAUCAUCAACAUUAAAUUCUUCAAUUUAUUCUGAUGAUAAACAACAAAAAUUAGAUUCAUCAAACAAUAAUGUUCCUUUUUCUCUUGAUGAUAUAACUGGUGAUGUCGAUCAUAUUCAAUCAUCAUUAGAUAAUAUACGUGAAUUAAUGUUUGAUAAUCUACCUGAUAAUACAACAAUUGAAGAUUUAUUUUGUGAUGAUCAUGUAUUGCUCUCUCCACUAUUAACAAAUAAUGGUCAAACAACAAAUAUAUUAACAGAUAAUACACAAGAAUCAAAAUUAAAUAAUACAACAAAUCAUUUUAUUUAUUCAAAUACAAAUGAUAUUGGUAAUAAUAAUAAUACAUCUCAAUGUAAACAAAUCAUUCUUCAUAAAAGUGAAAUUCCAUUACUAAAUACUUCAACUGAUGUUAACAAUCAAUUACUUGAACAAUUAAUAAAUGAAACAGCUAAAGUUGAAGAACAACGACAGACAAUAAAUCAAUUAGAACGUGAAAAAAUGAAUUUAGAAGGUAAAAUUCAUCGACUUGAGCAGCAACAAACAAACUUACGUAAAUAA